AUGACGGCGCGGGCGCGCGCGAAGCCGACGACGAGGCGGCGGAUCCCGCGCAACGGAGCGGUAGGUGAGGCACCAAUGUCCUUCGAGUGGAAGACUGCCGUUGCGUUUCCAGAGAACCCCGCACCGUCGAGAUCCUAGACUCUAGAGUUGGAGUUGGCUUGGCUGGAUUUUGGCAAUAUCCGUGCUGUGCUGCCCCUCCGUGCUGUGCUGUGCGAUCCGUGCCGCCGAGGCUACCGGAGCCGACGAAUACCUUCGACGGCGAGGUGUCGCCCGGCAGGCUUGGCGUCCGCUACGACACCGGCACCUCGCACCGCGAUGCUGCCACUGCCGUGACGAGUGCAGUUCCGUUGCGGCUCCCGCGGUGGCCCGCAGGCGGCGGAUCCCGCCAUGCGGCGCGCCGCCUGGGCCCUGGCGGUGUGGCCGUGGGGGAUGCCCGCCGCGCGGCCGGCGCCGGAGGCGGACAGCCUCGCGGUCGCCAAGCUCCGGGACUUCAACGCGCAGCGCGGCUGCGCGGUAUGCACCGUGAAGCUGUUCUUCGUGCACCUGCACAAGUGCGGCGGCACUACGGUGGAGAGCUAUUUCCGGCAGGCGUACGGCGACGCGUUCCUCGUGCCGGACACGGGGCACGAGGGCGAGCUCCGCGACGCGCUGGUCGUGCAGAACAAGGCGCGGAUACGCGCACUGCGCGCGUUCGCGCGGCCGUACCGCGUCUUCGCGCGGCACAUCGCCUACGGCUACCACGCGACGGUCGACUGCGCGCGGCCGCUCUACAUGACCAUGCUGCGCGAGCCGACCGCGCGCCUCCUGUCGCUCUACGGGUAUCUCAUGUUCGGCGAGGGGAAAAAGUACCGCCGCUUCCCCGCCAACGCCACCUUCGGCGAGUUCGUGCGGCACCGCACGACCGGCACUUGCGCCGAGUCGACGGGGGGCGUCUACCAGGAAUACUGCCUCUCCAACUACCAGACGCGCAAAAUCUGCGGCUACUACGCGAUCCUCGAGACCGCCGAGCCCUCCGAGGAGACCUUCCGCUGCGCCGCGCGCCACCUCGACCUCUUCUUCUUCGUCGGCACAGUCGAGCGCAUGCAGGAGAGCCUCUGCGCACUCGGCCACCUCCUCCAGUGGCGCUUCUCCUUCGACGCGAAGAAGAAAUUGAACCCGUCCGCCCACGCCGCGACGACCGACGAGGACCUGGAACACCUCGUCCGCUGGGACCGGAAACUCUGGCAUCUGGGCGACCGCCACCUCGACGAGACGCUCCGGGGGCUCCCGGCCGGCACCUGCGCGCCCCCCGCAGCGUCCCAGCGGCCCCACCUCAAGGGCCGCUAG